AUGAUGUGGUGGGCAACUAGUGGAUACGAGCCGCUGCCAAUGGCUACGCCGAACAUUCACCCCGGUUUGCGCACCUAUCGACGCCAUGUGUACAUCGCCGGCGGGCUGCUGCUGAUCUUCGUCGGCCUGUUGAUCAUCUACUACCAUAUGGGGACGGCGGACACGGAUGUGGUUCAACUUCCCGGAUAUCAUUCGGUGCCGGAAAACGACAAGUUGAG